AUGAGCUCCGAGGCCAGGCUAUACACCUUCUCGCAAGAGACCAAGGACCACCUGCGCAAGUUCCGUCUAGGGACAUCGCGGGCCGAGGGUCCCCAGGCCGUCAUUUACAUGAUUGAUAAGCAAACCAAGGAGAUCCGCCAAGACAAAGACGAGACGGUGUACGAUACCAUUAGGGACCUAGCCGACGACCUGCCGGACCACUCGCCGCGGUUUAUCCUGCUGAGCUAUCCCAUGACACUGGCCUCUGGCCGUCUCUCGGUGCCUUACGUGAUGAUCUUCUACCUGCCAGCAACGUGCAACAGCGAGCAGCGCAUGCUGUACGCCGGCGCAAAGGAGUUGAUGCGCAGCACAAGCGAGGUGACACGAAUUCUUGACGUGGACGAGGCCGAGGAUUUGGAAAACAUCGAGGAGUUGUUGACUCCUUCAUGA